UCAAAGGUGGACUGAAUUACUGCAAUUUUAUAAUACUCUGUUAGUAAGUAUCCACGAUUUCUGUGUGAAUCCAAAUACCAAAUUUCGUAAUGCCGGCAAUCAAUAAUUUGGCUUUCAGCCGGCCACCCCAAAUGGUACUUUUCCUCCUUCGAUAUUUCCUCCCUGUUUAUCAGAACUAAAAUAAAAAGCAAAACAAAAACCAACAAAAUCAUCACGAGAUAUCAAUGUGGCUGAUUUGUUUAUCAUUCCUUUUCUCUCCAUAUGAUCGUCGGUAUUGCCGACUAAAUAUUCUUGGGAUCAUCACUUCCAAGACAAAUUUAUUCAUAAUACAGAAGAAUUUCUCAAAACUGACCUCAACAGAAUGUGUGUUGGGGGUAAUUUUGGGGGUGCCUGUUGAAACUACCAAAUUCAGGGGAUCAGAUAAUUUUAUCUUGUUUUGGCUGGUAAUGUCAUUAUGCAUUCAGAAUGUCGAGACAGCAACGGAAGAAAACUAGAGCGGAUAAGCUUCCAGAGAUUGUGGACUUCAGGUUUUUGCAGUUCCAUGCAACAAAGAUUCCCAAUGACUGGGACAAACUUGUUGUGUCUGUUAUUUCUGUGGAAACUGGAAAGGCUAUUGCCAGAACAAACAAAGCAAUCGUACGUGGUGGAAAUUGCAAAUGGUUAGAAGAUGUUUCUGAAUCUGUACGGUUUCUACAAGAUGACAACUCAAGAGAGCUUGAAGAAAAACUUUACAAAUUUGUCGUUUCCAUGGGAUCAGCACGGUUAGGCAUUCUUGGGGAAGCUACUGUAAAUUUGGCUGAUUAUUUGAAUUCAAAGGAGUUAAUCUGGAUUAAACUGCCCCUGAAAAAAUGUAAUCACGGCACAAUCUUGCAUGUCAAAAUACAAUGCGUUACUCCAAGAUCUGGCUUCAGAGAAUCAGAAAUCAGCAGCACAACUGUUAAGGAACAGGCUGAGCAGAUUUCGGUCUUUGAUGGGGAAGAUGAUCGAUCUGAAGGCUCUGUCCGGAGUCAAAGAUCAUUUAAUGGAACAUCGAAAAGCACUUUACAGCAAAGGGAAUCAAAAUAUCAGGAUGCUGAUUAUUUGGCUGGAACUCUACGCCACGGCCUAAAUUCAUUAGAAUUGUCAGCAGACAGUGCCACAAAUAGAAAUUCCAAAGGAUUUGCACCUGGAGAUCAGGCUUCACCCUCAAGUACUAGACAUUCUGUCCACAGAAGACAACAUUCAGCAGGUCCACAAGAUGGCAUUGAAAAAUACAAGGCGGGAAAUGGAAUAGAACAAUACAGAGGACGCGUAUUUGGUGGAAAGGAUAGUGGAACAGUUGAGUACCCUCAAAAUCGAUCAUUUGACAGAGCAACUUUAGGUUCACAUGAGAGUAUUCAAGAUGGGUUACAAAAUGGUAACAAGAGUUCACUUGUGGGAGGCCUGGCCAUUGGGAGUGGUUCUUCCAAUGAAUUUUUAGAAGCUGCUGAAGUGACCAUUCAGGAGCUGCGGAAGGAAUCUAUGAUGUGGGAAAGAAAGGCACAGAAAUAUAUUCUAGAAACUGACACUUUGAAGCAGCAGCUUGCUGAACAGCAACGACAGCACAAAGAAAUAGAAAUGCAGUUUUUAGCGACACAAGCUGAGCGGGACAGUUUCAAACAGGAGGUUGAACAGUUGCAAUCAGCAUUACAGGACUACAUUGAAAGCGAGAAGGGUGCAGACAAUGCAAAGUUUGAAGUGCAAGAUGCAAAGCGUAUGGUUAAAGAGUUUGAAGAUGAGAUAAAACUUCAUAAGGAAUCUAAUGCUAAUUUGAGUUUACAGCUGAGUAAAAUUCAAGAGGCAAAUACAGAGCUGGUUUUUGCUCUACAGGAUCUAGAGGAGACAGUAGAGCAGCAGAAUGUAGAAAUAGAAAAGCUUAUGGAAGCAAGGGAAAGAUAUCAUGAAGCAGAUACCUCAAAACAAGAAUCUAAAGAUAUGAGACAUUAUGCAGAACUGGGCAUUAAAUUCUCAGACAUUGUGGUUGAAAGAGAUAAUCUAAAGAAAGAGGUUGAACAAUUGAGAUCAGUUGUUGAGCACGGGAUAUAUAACAUUGAAGCAAUAGAAUCAAAUGUCAAAGAUGCUGUUCCAGAAUCACAGGAGCAUAUAAAAAAGGAGGAAUUCAAUGAAAAUACCAGUUUGAAUGGACAAACUUCACUGUUAUCAUAUCAGCAAUUUUCACCUACUGUUCCUGAGAUUGAUGAACAGAUGAUUGACCAAAACAGCGAGACAGCCGAAUGGAUGCAAAAGCUGUCAUAUCAAAAAGAAGAGAUGAGGACAUUGAAGAACAAACUACCUAGUUUUCCCAGUAAUCAUUCUUUGAGAGAAGUCACAGAAUGCAUAGAUGAAUCACAGCAGGAUCUGCAUCAAAAUUUGAAGACUUUGAAACAAUAUAUGAAUGAGCUUGAGAGGGAUUGUAAGGAACUGACAGAUGAGAAUCUUGAACUUAUUUACAACUUGAAUGAAUUAAAAAAUAAUCUGGAAUCGAAAAAUGCAUACAUUGCUGAGUUGGAAGAGAAACUAAGCGCACCUUCAUCUGAGUCUAGUUUACCAGGUUCUAAACCUUUAUACAGUACAGAACUCACAAGCAUGGAUAUGUCACUCCACAACUCUCCAAGUCAAGUGAUCAGAGUUCAGAAUGAUGGUCCUAAUUUGGAUAAUAUACUGAAUACCUUUAAGGAGAGGAUUCAUGAACUGGAAAGUGAGCUAGAGAAUGCUCAUGAAAAAACUGCUAAAAUGGAGCAAAUGUUAGCAGCUUCCCUUAUUGACUCUCAAGCAACAAAAAUUGUGCAACAGCUUGCUCGACCUAUUCAAAAAGAUCAGAUUUUGAAGUUAAAAGAUACUGAUCGCAGAAUCUUUGUAGAUGGGCUGCCAGCUCCAGUCACCCAUUUAAAUGAAAAGGUAGAAGCCUCUGAACAUCUACACAGAAUAGAACUUGCUAACAUGGAAAAAUCUCUGACUGAAUAUCAAAGUCAAGUAUUGGCAAUGGAAGGUCAGAAACUGGAGCUGGAAAGUAACUAUCAUAGUCUAGUGUUGGAGCUUGAAAGCCAGAAAUUGGAGUUGGAAUGUGUGCUAGACAUCUUAAAGAAUAGAGUAUGUAGUCUGCAAAGCGAAGUUAUAACAACCCAACAAGAAACAAUUGAAAGAGAAAUACAGUUAACAGUCAAUUAUGAAAGUCGUAUUGAAGAUACAGCGGCCCAAGCAGGAAAAGAAGUUGCCAAUGCCCUACAGCUAGUUCAAACUCUUGAAGAAGACAAAUCCAAGCACAUGAUUCACACUAAAACACUAAAUGAUCACCUGACUAACUUAGAGCAGAAGUUGAAGCGGAGUACAGAUUUAGCUAGGGUAGAAAUUGCUAGCAAAGAGAAGCUACUUAGUGAUUUUCAGCAUCAAGUAAUAGACCUCCAGAAUCAGAACCAUGGUUUGCAAGAUGAGCUAAGUGUCUUGAAGGAGAAAAUUCGUGACCGGGAAAGUGAAAUUCAGACAGCUGAACAAGAAAAAUUAAAAAGAGAAGAAGAUCUAACAGCUGGAUAUGAACAUAAACUUCAAAGAAAUGAGGCAAGAGCAAUCAGGGCAGAAAAUGAUCUGGCCAAUAGCCUUGAAAGAGUCAGAUCUUUCGAAAGCCACAAUGUCAAAGAUGCAAUUAUGAUAGACGAUUUUAAAAUGCAAGUCAGCCAAUUACAGAAAGAAUUAAAAUCAUCUGAAGAUGUACAUAAUACAGAACUUGUCUCCUUCCAGAAUCAAGUAACGAAGCUUCAAAGUGAGAACACCAUAUUUGAAAAUAAAAUAACCAUGCUGAGGGAGAAAAUUUGUGAAUUAGAAAAUGAAUCACAGAAAGCGCAGCAAGCGCAGCAAGAAGCAAUUGAGAGAGAACAAGAAAUUGCUAGUAUAGAAAAAGUACUCAGUCACUUUCAGCAACAAGCAAUUGACUUCCAGAAUCAGAACAAUAAUUUACAAGCUGAGAUAAAUGUCUUCAAGGAGAGGAUUUAUGACCUAGAAAGUGAGGUUCAAACAGCUGAGCUAGAAAACGUCGAAAGAGAAAAAGAGUUGAUAGCUGCGUAUGAAUUUAAACUUGAAAGAACUGAUGCAAGAGUGAUCAGAGCAGAAACUGAUCUGACUGAUAGCCUUGAAAAAAUCAAAUAUUUUGAAAGCAGCUCUGCCAAGGAUACAAUUAUUAUAGAUGAGUUAAAAGUGCAAGUCAACCAAUUACAGCAAGAACUAAAAUCAUCUGAAGAUGUACACACCACACAACUUGCAGGCCUGGAAAAAUCCCUAAGCGAAUUCCAUAAUCAAGUAAAGAAGCUUCAAAGUGAGAAUGGCAUUUUGGAAAAUAAUGUAAAAAUGUUGAAGGAGAAAAUUUGUGAAUUGGAAUAUGUAGCUCAGAGAGUUCAGCAGGAAGGUAUAGAUAAAGUAAAUGAUCUAACUGCUGCACAUGAAUAUAGACUUCAAGCUAUUGAAGCAAGAGCAAGAGAAGCAGAAGAAGAACUUGCCCAAGUUCUCAAAUCAAUUAUUGAAUCUGAUAAUGAAAAGCAUAAAAUGGGUGAAAUCAUUUCUAAACAACAGAAUCAAGUAAAGGCCAUUGAAGAUCAAACUGCAAAAAUACAAGAUGAACUUGCAACUUCUCUGAAAACCAUAAUAGAUCUUGAAGCAGACAAGGCCAGAAUCUCUCUUGAACUCUCAAAUGAAUGCCAAAGGAGACAGAAUUCUGAAAACGCAACAAGCAGUUUGGAUCAGCUCAAUCAGGAAUUACAAACAAAGAUUCAAAAUAUAGAAAAUAAAUAUUUAGAGAAUAAUUUGCAAUUAAAUCAGCUUAAAGAAGCUAGUUUGGACCAAAAGAAACAAUUAGAUAGCCAAUCUUUGAUUGAAAAAUGUCUACAGGAAAACAUAAAGGAGCUUGAGAUUGUUAAGAUGAAACUACAUUCUGAGAUCGAGAACCUUCAACAAGAAGUACGUUUCAGUAAGUCUUGUAUCCAGGACUUGAACUCUCAGUUAUCAGCAUUAACAGUAGAAUUACAAUCUCUGAGAUGUUCCAAUCAGAAUUUAGAUAUUCAAGCCACAAAAUUGCAAAUGGAAAAUAUUGGUUUAGAAGAGAAGUUGGAUGCUGCACAAAAAGAAAGCAAAUCUGCAAGUGACCGUCUGGAAAAUCUUGGCAAACUUCUUGAACAGCUUAGAGCUGAUGCAGAGUCAAACUUACUGGCUAAGACUAAUCUUGAGAAGAGAGCCAUGGAAUUAGAACACAUAAAAGAAGAAUUUGAGAACCAGUUAAAAGAAAAAGAAGAGAAAAUCUCUCACCUUUUUAAGCAAGUACAUAGUUUAGAAAUGCAAUUGAAAAUUUCAGAAGAAGAACGUGAUUUCUUCAGACUAGACCUUGAGGUCGCCAAGGCUACUUGCUUUGAUCUCCAGGCCGAGAUGAAAACAGUUGAGCUUAAUCUUAAAGAAGAAAAUGUUAAACUGCUCCAGGCACUUGAUGAAUCACAAAGUAAGCUGUCUGCCACUGUAGAAGAGGUAGACUCUUGUGAGAGGGAGCAGCAACUACUGCAAUGUACACUAGGGAACCUUAAAAGAGAACACACUGCAGCUAUGGAAUUAAAUUCAAAACUUAAAGCAAAAUGCUUUAAUUUGUUUGAAUCUCAAAGCAACGUAGAACAGCGCUUGCAGAAGAUGACAGGAGAUAUUUCUAUUUCAUUGAACCAAAUCAAGUCUUUAGAGUCAGAUUUGUCCAUCAUGCAGAGAAAUGUGGAAGGGGAAAGGGGAAUUUGGGCUCCAAAAUCAGAAGCAUAUCAACUUAACACAAGCGAGUAUGAAGAGAAAUGUAUAAAAGUGGAUAAAAUUGUUGGCCAAUUAUAUCCAGAGAAUGAAAAUGUGGUGGAGAAUCUACAAAAGGAAGUUCAAAACCUUUCUAGGCAGGUUUACUUAGUAUUGGAGGAGAAGGAGAUGAUCCUAACUGAAGCUCUUAUUGAAGCAUCAGGUCUUCGUAAAGAAAAGAAGAACCUUGAAGAUUCUCUGCGGUUACAGCUGGCAAAUGUUGAACAGAGUGAAGCAGAGCUUUUGCAAGUUAAGCAUAAGUGUGGAAGUGAAGUUCAAGAGUUGAAGCUUGAAGUUGAAAUUGCCAGGAAAAAGGGAGAAGGGCUACAUUUCAACCUCGCAAAUGUGCAUAGGCAGCUGGAGGAUUCAAAAGUUAGAGAGACGGAUCUUCAAGAAAAAGUUCAGGGGAUUGAACUAAAGGUUGUUGCAGUUGAACAUGACAAACAGAAGCUUAAAGCUGAAAAUACUAGUCUAAGGGAAAAGGUUGAUCAAUUAUUGAGCCUGAAUGCUGAAAACAAUGGUACUGAAAUUGAAAAACAAAAGCUUAAAAUUGAAAAUGAUAGUCUAAGGGGACAGAUUACUCAAUUAAUGGGUCUGAAGGCUGAGACUGAUGCUCUCCAAAACAUAGUUGAACAAGUCAGAGAUGAGAAAACUACAUUGCAACAGUCUUUAAAUUCCACAGAAGCUAAGCUUGAAAGGUUGAAAACAGAGAACGUUUUGUUAAUGGAACAGUUGGCAGCUACCAAGCAAAGACUUGUUGAGGUUGAUAAACUCACACAAAGGAAUGCUGAACUUCAAGAAAGAAUCCUUGGCUUACAAGCUGAACUGAAUGCCAAAGAAGUGGAGCAUAAGAGUAAAUCUGUACAGAUUCAAAAUCUAAGUGAUCACUUUCAGUGGGAACUACAUGAUCUAGAAGAGGAGAAUGGGAAAUUUAAAAGUAAAGCAAAUUCAAUGGGGAAUGAUAUGCAAACAAAGGUAAAUAAUAUCUCCACGUCCAAAGAGAUUUUCCUUGGUUCAUCAGAUUGUGAAGUGAGAUGCACAUCUCCUCCACAGGAUGCGGAUACAGACCAAUCCACCAAACUUAUUGACAGAAUUGGGGCGUUACAGAGUGAGUUGGAAACUUGUAUCAAGCAAUUUGAGGAGAAAGAAGAAACGCUAAUCACAGAAAUUCAAAAAUUGGAGGAAACGAAUCAUCAACUUAUGCAGACAAAAUUAGACUCUGAUACAGACCAGUUGCAAAUUGAGCUAAUAAGAUUGCAAAAGCAGAACUCUGAAUUGUCACAGAAACAACAUGAACUUUUAUCAAAGCUUGGUGCUCAAGAGCUCCUCCAAAAAGAAGUGUACAGGCUCCAAGAGGAAAAUAAACAACUAGAGACUCAACUUAUAAGAUUCAUGAAAACAGCGAAGGGAGGCAACGUACUAGAAAGAGUUGUUGCUAUGGAAACAGAAUUAGUGGAGGCCUUAGAGGCGAAUAGCAUGUACCAGCUACAGCUCCAAAGUUUCUUACAGCAGGAGCGAAAUGUUCAUGUAGCUGCCCUUCAAAAUUAUGGACCAAUCGAUCAGAUAGUUAAUGAUCUGGUUACUUAUAAGAGAAAGGUUGCUGUUCUUGAAGCAGAAUUGAAUGAUUUGCGAGAACGUUAUUCAAUUUUGAGCCUGAAGCUUGCAGAAGUCGAAGUUCAGAGAGAGGAAUUGGUAAUGACAAUCAAGCAUGCAAAAUAUGGCAAGAGGUGAUAUGGAAAGAGCUAAAGAUUUUCCAUUUUUUGAAUUUACCAUAGUUUCUACCUACCUCUACUAUUUAUUUUGUUGUAAUUUUUAAGGAAAGCUUCGAAACUUGCCAACCUUUACGUUAAGUAUCAUUUAUUCUCUAAUUUUUUUUGGUUCUUUUAAACUCGAGGCUUCGAGUUUUCUGGAGUUAACCCUUUGUAUCAUAUAAAUUCAUGUGUAAAGUAUUACCAACCAUCUUUAUUGAAGAGAAAAUUUCAGAAAGCACAGUACAGCAGCUUCUAAUUAUCCAAGAUUCCAAAGUAAUAAGAUAUUUCUAUGUUUGUAUUCAACAAGACUAUUAUCUGAAGGCAAAUCUGGACCAUGACUAUCUACUUAUCAAA